AUGUCGUCGUCUGAAGUGCAGCCGGCUGCUACUUUGCCGGAAGACCUUCUCUCCCCCGAGACCGACUGGGCCGGCUAUCUAUCCGGCGUGGUUGACGGCAGCAGCAGCCAGCAUGUAGCGAGUCUCAAUGCCCACAUCCACUCUAACCCCGAACUCGCCUACGAAGAACACCAAGCCCACAACACCUUUGUCGACACUCUCAAAACGCUAGGCUUCGCCGUCACCCCCAUGCCUACGGUCUCGAGACCUCAUUCGAGGCCGACGGUCCGGGCUCCCCGGCCGCGUCCGCCUGCUCGGCACCCCGCCGAGGAAGGCGGCGGCGGCAAGCUCAAGCUCAUCGCGGCGGGAGCCUACCGCGGCGCGGCCGCCAGCCUGAUGGUGCACCCGGGCGCCGGGUACCUCCUGCGGCCGGGGCUGCGCGGCGUCGCGUACUACCGCAUGCUCGCCAACAUCAAGGUGAGGGUGUACUUCACCGGCCAGGAGGCCCACGCGGCCAUCGAGCCCUGGAACGGCGUCAACGCCCUCGACGCCGUCUGCCUCUCGUACAACGCCGUCUCCAUGCUGCGCCAGCAGAUCCGCCCCCACGAGCGCAUCCACGGCGUUUUUCGCGCCGCUGGCGACCGGCCCAACGUCGUGCCCGCCGACUGCUGCGUCGAGUACUAUGUGCGCAGCGAUACCAAGGCCGCCGCCGAGGCGCUGUGGGCCCGUGUGCUCAAGUGCUUCGAGGGCGCCGCGCUCGCCACCGGGUGCGGUAUGCGCGUGGAGCCGCUCAACAGCUACGACGACCUGCGCCCGAGCCAGGCGCUCUGCCGCGCGUACGAGGCGGCGAUGCCGGUGGGGACCGUCUCCUGGAACGACCCGCCUGAUUUCCUCGCCGGAAGCACGGACAUGGGUAACGUGACGUACGAGUGCCCCGGCUUCCACGGGGCGUUUGGCAUCGAUACGCCCGUGGGCCAGGGGAACCAUACCAAGAGUUUUGCCGAGGCGGCGGGGACGCAGGAUUCCUUUGUCCGGGCGAUGGAGUGUGCCAAGGGCAUGGCGAUUGUGGGCUGGAAGAUGCUGACGGAUGAUGUGUUUGCCGAGGGGGUUCAGCGGGAGUGGGUAGCCGAUAUGGAGAAGGCCAGGGGUGAAUUCUAA